AUGUCCUUGCAAGAGACGCUUCGGGCCGCCUCGGCGCGCAACACUGCCCUCCUAGCAACGCUGGCAGCCACCGACCACGCCGAGCCCGCCCUGGUCGAGCUCGAGCGGCACAUCGAGGACCUGACCGACUCGCUCGCGUGCCAGACCAAGCUGCUGGGCGACCUCGAGGCCAAGCGCAAGGCCGAGCACCGCGAGCACGUCGAGUACCGCGACAGCAUCGUGCGGCGCUUUGCGUACAAGGUGGCCAGGAAGCAGGAGCGCUUCGAGGAAAAGGCGUCCAAGGAGGAGCAGGACUACCUCCACGCCAUCCAGGCCGAGCGGAGCGCCACCGAGGAAAAAGAGGCGCUGCAGCGCCUGCUCGACGAGGCCAGGCAGAGGAGGGAGCACCUCCACAGCGAGACGCGCCAGCACGACGACGCACAGAGGGAGCUCGAUGCGCUGUACCACGGCAUCUUUCGCGGCGCCACGCCCGGGUUCCCGGACGAGGAUGUGCAGGAGCGCAAGACCGACACCGCGCUCGCAGCGUACCAGGAGACGCGGCGGCGGUACGAGCUCGACAACCAGGUGCACGGCCUGCUGCUCGGAGCGCUCCAGCGGAUGCAGGAGUCGGGCAAGUACAUGGCGGAUGCGCGGCAGAGCUCGCGGAUGGACAUGUUUGGCGGCGGGAGCAUGGCCGACAUGCUCGAGCGCUCGUCGCUCCACUCUGCGGAAAAGGCCAGCAUCGAGGCGCAGCUGCUCCUCGUCCAGGCGCGCAUGCUCGACCCGGCCCACGUCCCCGAGGUGCCGCGCCCGCAGAUCGCCCAGGGCAGCGUGAUGAGCGACGUCCUGUUUGACAACAUCUUUACCGACAUGGACUUCCACGACAAGAUCAAGCGCAGCCAGACCGAGGUCGAGACGUGCGCCGCCGCCAUCAAGGCGCUGAUGGAGGAUGCCACGCAGCGGCGCUUCUUUGCUCAGACCGAGGCGCAGCAGGCCGAGGCGACGUUGCAGUCGGCCAGGAGCGAGCUGCAGAAGGUCAGACAGGACAUCUUUGCUCGCGCCGCGUCCGCGACGUCGUAG